UUACGUCAUAAGCUUGGGAACGAAAAUGAGGAACUUUGUAGGUCCCAGUUUGUUUGAAAUUUACGAAAUGCAUGUCAAAUAAAAGAAUACAUCUAUAUAAUUAUAAAGUUUAAAAUCAUGGAAAUAAUAUUAAAUAUGUAUAUGUAAAUUUAAAACAUUCUGUUACGGAAUAAUUUUGAGAAUAGUCGAGCUCGCAUAGAUGUGAGAGAAUUGUGAUGUGACCGCAAUAUCGUAGGUUCAAAUCCCGAUCACGACAGAUGUAAAAUAAUGCUAGAAACUAUGUUUUUCUCAUUCCAUACCAUGAUGCUUGUAAAUCGAUUGGAGGGCGAAACCUCCAUUUCGAGUACCAUGUUAUAUUAUGUUACUAACUGGUAAUAUAUUCUACAGAUGUGUCACAUUGUGAUUCGGCGUAACCAGAUCUACUGCUGGUAUUAGCUUUGGGUUUAGUACUUCAGCAUAUAGACUGCCAUACAUUUAGCACAUAUCUUUAGCAAAAUUCAAUGUCAAGUAAGUGAGGCAGGGUCCUUUUUUACCGUACAGUUAAUUUUGUCGGUGCAGUGUGGAAAUGGAUUUCUUAGCUAUACGUACUCCUUUCCGCGUAUAGUUAUCCAGCUUUUCCUUGACUAUCGCCGUGAAAGAGAUGUAAAGAACAACAUUCGCAUAUUCCACACUGAAAGAUUGAUUCAGAUGUCAUCGAUUCUUUUUAUAGACGAGGAAUUUUUAUUUUGUUGGCUGUUUAAGAGAGCUGCAGAAAUAGCGUAGUGCAGUCAUAUAAUAUUUAUUAAAAAUGUAUAUCAUUAAAUGUAUCGUCGUUCCACAUGCCGUUGUAGUUUGUCAGACACAUAGCUUCCUAUCCAAGUGUUGUAGCUGGAAAGCUCUCGUGAUGUAACAAGCAUUGCUAUUUAUUUCCGUAGUUCAAAUUGCUAUAAAUUUAUUUGCCCGUUAACAACUCUCUUGUUGUAUGAGACAUCGUAAUUUCAGGCAUAUCGGUUAUUAUACAGUAGUACAAAUUACAUUAUAUGCAACAAGUUACAACGUGGUUUGAGGAGAUUAUGCAAACUCCGUGAACCAUGGGGGAUUUCAUGAAGAAAUUCUUUUUUUUAAAAAUUCAUUUAAGCAGAAAGACAGAGAAAACAUCUUGGCAGUUAUUACACAGUAUCUUGAGGCCGCACGGCGUAGACGGCGUCAUGGCACUGACAUGGCUAAUUUCGAAUUUUUAAGCCAAAUAUUGACUUUAAUUUCUCUGUUGAUGUUUGUAUCUAAAUGAUUACUGUCAACACAUCGUAUGCGGUGCAAUAAAUUUGAGUCUUGUGCGGAAACCCCUGUAGUAAGUUAAGUGUUUAUUCAACAAAGAAAACUUUUGUCCUUCAAGAUUACUUAAUUCGAUAGAAGCAUAUUAGUGAACAAUAUCAUUCUGUAAGGUUCAUUACAGAAAAAGAAAUGGAACUGAAAAGUACUUCGUUUUGUAAAGGGCGCUAUUGGGCUUCGCCUCUAAUUUGCGCUCUCUGGUAGGGAAUUACAGAAUCAAUGCAAAGAUAUGUUGAUGAACCGAAAUGCGAGCAUCUUGCAUGAUUUGAGCGUUCCAUCAGCUCGCAAGUGGUUUGUCUUUACGCGUGCUACAUUACGUGGAAACAUACGUCGUGUACUGUAUUUACAGGAGACUAAUGGGAGUGAGAAUGUUGUUUCAUGUAUUGUUUAUUUUUAUGUCCGUGUGUUUUCGAGUAUGUGUUUCUUACUCCAUAACAGUGGAUGCCCAUGCAGAAGAAUGCUUCUUUGACAAGGUUGAAGCCGGAACAAAAAUGGGGCUGAUGUUUGAAAUUGCUGAAGGAGGUUUCCUUGAUAUUGAUGUUAAAAUAAUCGGACCUGAUAACAGAAUAAUCUAUCAAGGUGAACGUGAAACCAGUGGAAAAUACACUUUUUCGGCGCAUACGAGUGGAGUAUACACGUAUUGUUUUAGUAAUCAAAUGUCUACAAUGACUCCUAAGGUUGUCAUGUUUAACAUGGACAUAGGAGAAGCACCUAAGGAUCAAGCUCCAGCAUCUGAAGGGGGAGAUGAUCACAACAAGUUACAGGACAUGAUAAAAGAACUAUCUACAACACUUACUGGAGUAAAGCAUGAACAAGAAUACAUUGAAAUGAGAGAUCGAAUCCAUCGAAAAAUUAAUGAGAGUACAAAUUCGAGAGUGGUCAUGUGGUCUUUCUUUGAAGCCAUGGUUCUAGUUGCUAUGACUGUGGGACAGAUCUAUUACCUGAAACGAUUUUUUGAGGUUAGGCGAGUGGUAUAAGAAUUUCACUAAAAGAGACAUAUGAGUGUGUGGCUGUGAAUAGAAGUGUAUGUAUGCAGAUUAUACAGACUUCUAUUGUUGUGUCAGUAUUUAAUAAAAAGGUGUAAAUGUCUAUAUGAAUGUACCAAGAUUUUGAUGUUAAAUGUUUUUCUAUUGAAAUUUGCAGAAAUAAAACAUUUUUCCAUCUGAAAAA